AUGUCUGGCGUAGGAAGGAUUCUGAAGGAAGCCAUUCAAGACCAACCAAUAACCGCAGCAAAGGUAGAAGAAAUAAAAAAGGCGGAGUGUAGAAAUCUACGCCACAAAUAUCCGAAUCAGGGGAUGAUCAAUAAGGGUCCUACAUCACUAACGAAGCAGGGACGUCCAGGCCCAGAAUAUCAGAGUCAAUUUCAUUUCAACUAA